AAUCACCUCUGGGAUUUUUAUUUUUUCUUUAACAAACCAAAAACCACUGAAAAUUUUGAAAAAAAAAAACAUUUUUUGUUAUACAAUUUUGUAAAUAAGUGAUUUUUCUCCUUCACUGAUGUGCGCUAAUGAGGCUGCAGUGAUGGGCACUGAUGAGGAGGCACUGAUGGGCAAUGAUAUGUGGCAUUGAUGGGCACUGGUAUGCACUGAUGGGCACUGGCACUAAUGCGCACUGACAGG